CUCGACGCAGCGUGUUCUUCUGCCGCUGCCUGCCCCAAAAAAACAAACCAUUUAUUUCCAACAUUUUAAACAACCAACGAAGAAAAAAAAUUUAAUUCAAAAUCCAAAAAAAAAGAGGAAUUCAUUAAACAAAAGAUAAAUAAAUGAAUAUAUUUUUUUUAUUUUUUGAGAACUUGUGAUUGUGAUUUUUUGAUUGUGUGGCAAGAAAAAAACAUAAAAAUUUUUGCAGAAAUUUCAAAGAGAAAAUCAAAAGAAAGGCAAACAGUAGAGGGGAACUGGCCAAGGAAAUUAUCAUCAUCGAGUCACGUAAUUAAAACGAAACGCAAGACGACGAGAGACGAAACGCAAAGUAUAGCUCCAGCAAACGGGCAAAUAUUUGUGUAUAUUAGCCAGAAAAACAAAAAAAAAAAGAAGGAAAAAAAAAACACCAGAAACAGGCAACAAGGAGGGCUAAUAAUAAACUAAGCCGGCCAACAGUAGAGGAACUUUCGUCACUGAAACAACAACAACAAGAAAGGAGGAGAAACAACAUAGCAGGAUGCGUGGUCGUCACUUGCGUCGCCGGUUCAGCCUGCAGCCCUCCUUCAUGAAGGACGACAAUGCCGAGGAGAAGCCCAAACGCGACAAAGUGGGCCGGAACAACGCUGUGGACGAUGCCAUCGGACCGGCCAAUGCCCGCCACAAAAUCGUCGUCAUGGGCUCCGCCAAAGUGGGCAAGACCUCGAUAAUCACACAGUUUCUUUACAAUACGUUCAGCACCAAGUACAAGCGGACUAUCGAGGAGAUGCACCAGGGUAACUUCUCCAUCGCCGGGGUCAGUCUCACCCUCGAUAUCCUAGACACGGCUGGUUCCUAUGAGUUUCCGGCGAUGCGUGCCCUUUCGAUAUCCUCGGCGGAUGCUUUCAUCCUGGUCUACGAUGUCACCGAUGCUACUACCUUCGAAGAGGUCCGCGCCAUCCGGGACCAGAUCCAUGAGACGAAGGCCACCACAGCAGUGCCCAUAGUGGUUGUGGGCAAUAAGAUCGAUCUAUUGGCUGAUGGAGAAACUGAACGUGAGGUUGAAUAUGCCACCACCGAGUCCGUGGUGACUGUGGACUGGGAGAAUGGUUUUGUAGAGGCUUCUGCUGCCAUUAACGAAAACGUUACACAGGUUUUCAAGGAGCUGCUGGCCCAGGCCAAGAUCACCUAUAACCUGAGUCCGGCGCUGCGGCGGCGCCGCCAAUCGCUGCCCCAGCAGAUCGGCAACAAUGGCCCGGGCACACCGCUGCACCACCACCAUCAUCAUCACCACCAUGCGCACCACCAGGGUGGGGCCGGCUCGGCCUCUACUUCGGCAGCAGCUGCGGCAGCAGCAGCCGCUGCGAGCUCAUCCUCCGGCAGUGGCAGUGGCAGCGGCUCCCAUGCCCCGACUCCGGCGCAGUUGCAGCACUUGCAGCGUAUCCAGGAACGCAGCCUGGGAGCCAAACGCAAUUCGUGCAGCAUCUCCUAAACAGCAUUUUUAAGGGGAACUUUCCACACAAAAAAAAACUACAAAUUACAAAGAACAAAAGAAUUCAAACCUAAACUGAUACUGAGAAUUAUUGUUACUAUAAAAAAAUGAAAAACAACUGAAACUAAACGGUCUCCUAAAAACGGUUUUCAAUACUUUUUUUUCAUAAACUUCAGGCCAGAGAACGUAACUGAAUUCAAAGACCUAUUUAAGACCUAAAUAUAUACAAAAGGAGUAACUCCCGACUCGAAUGUACCUAUCUCUAUUGCUAUUAUCGCUCCACAAAUGACUUUAGUACCUAUCUCAUAGCCUCUGGUUUCUCAAAACUCAGCUCUCAAAAUGGAAAAGAUAUAUAUACAUACAUAUAUGUGGUAGAAAAAUCGAAUUGUUAGCAAGCUAUAAAUUACUCAAAAAAAGAAACAAAAAAAAAAUAAUAAUAAUAUAUCUACAAAUAUA